GACUGCUAUUUUUAUUCAGUAACAGCAUUUUAGUUUAGCUUGUACAAUACGUUAAGAUUGUGUUUGCUAUAACCUCAAUCAUAAAAUCAGCUGUCGACAUUUUAAUACUGGAUUUCUGUGUCAACUCGUAAUGCGUGUUAAUAAUUAGACUGAGUUUACCUUAAUUGCCGCAGCCCUGUGAGGACUUUGUGAGUCGCAUACAUGGCUCAACACCAUCCGUCGUUUGUUUUAACCAAACCAUAGGUCAAGUUGAUGGUUUUUAUGGGAGGAGGAAAUUUGUUAUCAAAGACCGUUGUAAAAAAGACGCGCUGAAGUCUGACGACAGUACCCGUGACUUUACUUCUCCAGUUUAUACCCAGAGGAGGAGACGGCGGGACUAGCGGUCUGCUCCAGGGACACGAUAGCCUAUAGGCUAUUUCACCGAAAUGAAAUAGCGUUUGAUUCAUUUGUUGAAACUCAAACUCGACAUCAAAGAGUGAGGAGACAUCAUAUCUGGAAGCACUCAACGGAACAGAAGUGCCAGCCAAUGUCUCACUACUACAGCAACGAGGGGAUCGGCAACCCUGCUUACUAUGAGAGCGACACUUUGGAAGUAGACAGAGGGUUCUCCAGGGGCUUCCCCCACAGCAACCCCUAUGACGCGGGCCAGGGCUCCUGGCACGUGAUGGGGGCUGGGGUAGGGAUGGGCGGCGGAGGCGGCCGGGGCCCCGCGGAGAUGCUGCCAGCCUACAGCGCCGCCGCCGUGCCGACGCCCAGUGCCGGGGUCUCCCGGGGUGGCUGGAGGGAGAGCUGGAGAGACUCGGCGUCCGUACUGAUAAGCCCCGUCCAUCCUUCCAACCCUCCGACGGAGACCCCGAGAUGGCAGCCGCAGCAGAGCUACACCGUUUCAAUGCGUCUCCUAGGAUCAAGAAGGAUGAGUUUGUUCCCAGGGGGGGCAGCCGCUCUGGACAGGUUGGGCCUGACUGAGGAGGACAUUCAAGAUGAGAUGGAGAACGAGGAACAGGACCUGGUGAAGAACCUGGUUGCCAUGUCGACCAAGGACAGCGACACGGCCAUUCGUGGACUCCCAAUGAGCUUCAGUGAAAAGAAAUACAUACGGAGUCAGGUUCUGGCACACAGAUCAACCAAGCAAAAGCACCAAUUCACAUGCUGUGCUGAUUGCUCUGGUCAGAUUUCAAUGUUUGUCAGGAGGUUGCGGGCAGGCUCGGGCUCCGUCCGGCAGGCCCUGGCCCUGUGGCAGGGCUUCAUGAAGGAGGUCAGCGGAAAGUUCGGCUCCGGCGUCCUCUCCUACUUCCUGUUCCUCAAGUGGCUCCUGAUGUUCAAUGUCUUCUCCUUCCUGGUGAACUUCGGCUUCAUCACUAUCCCUCAGCUGGUGUCCGGAGACGCCUUCACCAACACGGCCAAGUUCAACGGACUGGAGCUUCUCACAGGGAUGGGUUUUUUUAACAACACAAUAAUGUUUUACGGUGGCUACAGUGGCGAUGUAGUGGGACAACCCCCCAAUGCCAUAUACAACAUGCAGCUCGCCUACCUUCUCACCAUCGCUGUGUACAUGGUGCUGUGUGGUGGUUCUCUAAUAUACAGUAUGGCAACUUCGUUCAAAAGCAACUUUGUGCUGGAGGGAGCCUCCGGCGGGGCCUGGACCCUUCUCUGCAGCUGGGACUUCAGAGUGGUCAACGAGAGAGCCGUGCGCCAGCGAAAAGCCAACCUCGCCGUCCAGCUCAAGGAGUCUCUCUCAGAAAAGGCCCAGCAGGACCAGCUGUCCUCCUCUGAGAAGCUCAAGCGCGUUGGGGUCCACUUGGCCAUCUGGCUGCUGGCCACAGGGCUGGCCAUCGGGGCCUGUGCCGCCAUCUACUUCCUGUCUGCAUAUGAGCAGAAACAAAUCGUCAAAGGCUCGGACGCCGCAACCCUGCUGGUGCCUUUUGUGGUGUCUCUGGUCAACCUUGUCGUACCUUUGAUUUACUCGCUCUUCAACAAGAUCGAGCAUUUCUCUAAUCCACGCAUGCAAGUCUACGCGGUCAUCAUAAGAAAUGUCUUCCUGAAGAUGUCCAUCCUGGGUAUCCUCUGUUACUACUGGAUGAAUAAUGUUGCACACAAACCAGACACGUGUUGGGAGUCCUCUGUAGGCCAGUCUCUCUACCGACUGGUGGUGGUCGACUUCUUCUUCCUGUUGUUGGGAUCCUUCUUUGGGGAAUUUCUGAGCAAUGUUAUUGGCACAACGUGUGUGCCAAGCCUUGGGGUUCCUGAGUUUGACAUUGCUCGGAAUGUUCUAGACCUCAUCUACUCUCAGACGCUUGCAUGGAUUUCUCUCUAUUUCUCACCCCUGCUGACAGUCAUACAGAUCUUUAAAUUCUUCAUUCUCUUUUACGUCAAAAAGGUGAGCCUGAUGCACAACUGCCAGCCCCCGCGGAAGUCGGGCAGGGCUGCCCAGAUGCAGACCAUCUUCAUCGCUCUCCUCUUCCUCCCCUCCUACGUUGGGGCGCUGUCUGUGGUUGCCUACACUGUCUGGAGUUUGAAACCCUCCGCCUCAUGCGGGCCUUUCCGCGGCCUGCGGAACCCGUUUGCCGUGGUGGAGAAGUGGAUGGCAGUCGAGCAGGACUGGGUGGUGUGGAUCUACGAGCAAGUGAUCCGCAGCGAACUCUUCUUCUUCCUCAUCAGCCUCAUCGUCCUAGUGCUGACAUACUUCUUUUGGCAACUGAAAGAGGGUCGUAGACUACUCAUCAUCCAGCUCCGACAGCGGAUCGCCAAUGAAGGGAAGGAUAAAGCAUUCCUGCUUGAAAAAUUACAAAAGCUUCAGAAAUCAAACAGAUCUUCAGCGGGUAAACCAAAAACAAGGAUGAAUAACCAGAGGAAUGUCAGCAACAGGCAGUGGUAUGCAGAGCCUGGUCAUGAGGAGGCAUUGCCUGACAGUCGACCCCCCAUAUCCGAGAGUGGUUUCGGUGGUAUGAGAGCCGCAGUACCUGGCAGUCGACCCCCCAUGUCCGAGAGUGGUUUCGGUGUGUCCGAGAGUGGUUUCGGUGGUAUGAGAGCCGCAGUGCCUGACAUGGGCCUCAAUGGUCUGAGGGCUGCAGUGCCUCAGAGUGGCCCCCCUGCUCAGCUCAGGGCAGAUCCCGCCUCCUCGACCCCCAGCGGCCUCAUCCAGGCCAUGCUGGCCAGACAGCAGGCGGAACAGGACGACGACGACUAUGACUACUGAAUGAAGCGAAGCGUCAACAACACCGCCUGACCUCCAGUUUAAGGCCGGAUCUUUUCAAAUCCGUGCUUAAGAGACGCCAUAUGCAGCGUGCACCUCAUUAUGGCUUAUGGGAUUAUGGGUGGUGGAGCGUUGUGGAUUUUCCCACAAUGAGGAACAGCGAAUGCUACCUUGCAAAGAACAAAAUGAUAAUCAAGCAAGGCAAUUCAGAUCAAAUGUUCAAUGAAAAAGUGGCAGCUUUCCUAACAGGGCCUAGCCUAGACUAUCUGUUGUUGCACUAUAAACACUUUACUGUUUCACUUCACAUUUUACCAUCCUGCAUAGUUCCUGCUGAGGCUCUAUGACCAGAUUCAAAAAUAAAUACCUUACAUAAAUUUGAGUCAGGUUCACGUUAGAAUUGUUAGAAUUUAAGAUCGUAGUGGAACUGUGAAAGAGUGAAUCAGAACCAGCAUUUUUUUUGUUGUAUAUUAUUACAUGAAGAAUCUAUGCAAACACUGGACACACUGAGAAGAAUUAUUGUAAUAAGUAAAUUAUUGAUUAUUGAGUA